CGCAGCUUGGCAGUGAUUAUCCGUAACGCGGCGUGGAAUUGCUGCUUUCACGUCCAAACGCAAACAGAUGUGGAGUGACUGUCCAAAUUUUUGACAUAUCUCGUCGAGUAUUCUCCGAACAGCGAAGACACUUGUUCUACCGAUUUUUAUAACACGGGCGAACGUGGAGUCACAGGUGAUCGUGUCAGAGGUUAGAGGGAUCAAAAGAAAAAAUAAAGAAAUCGCCAUGAGCGAGUUAAGCCAAGAGGAAGUGAGAAGGAGACGUAUGGCUCGUUUGGCAGGCUUAGACUGUAUCAAUUCAACAGUCAAUUCAAAUCACAAUGCUGGUUCAGUUUCUCCAAACACACCAGGUCCAUCAAAGGCAUUUACAGAGCAAAUAAUAUCACCAUCAAAGCAACAGCAAUUUCAAAAUCAUGAAGUUUCAAUGGAAGUAGAAGAAACUAAUGAUAAGCAGUGUAGCAGUUCUGGAGUGGAUGUAGAUUCAGGAAUUGAAAAUAUGGAAGUGGAAGAAUCUGAUAGAAAGGAUCCAAAGCCAAGAUCACGUACAACAAGUUCCAGUACAGAGGUAACUACAGAACAGAUACACGCAGUCAUCUCGCGUGUACUGUGCAUAUCAUGGAAAGAACCUACAGAGGGUUGUAUAUUUUUACCACAAACUGCAGCAUACGCAUUGACGGCAAAACUUGUUGACGCUGCGGAAAUUAUCAAUCAAGCAUUAAUGGAGGUUUUAUGCAUGUUUGUGAGAGACGAAGAUCCUCUAAAGGAAAUUAACGUAGACACAUCUUCAGAUCGAGAGGACAGCCCUAAUAGUCAAGCAAGCCCAUUGUUAAGCCCGGUCGCGACGUUUUGCCGUUGUGACAUUUGCUGCAAAUCAACGCAACCUAAGAGUCUCACUUAUCUGCUAGAUUGUUAUUCAAGGGUGGCGGUAGAAGAACGAAAUCACCCAAAGAAGUCAAGUACACCACCGUUAUCCGAUGUGCUGACUACUCUAAGGGCACAGUGCGUACAAUAUUCCAGUCUUGUGCUACAAGGUCUAGUCGGCAUUUCUCGGUCUUCGACAACUUACCAGUUAUCCAUGAAAAACAUGACGCCUCUUUUAUACCCGGUACUCUCACAGAGCUUACCACGUGGGUAUUUAGACGAACUUGUUGCAAGAACGCAUACAAACACGGCUGUAUUCGAGAGAAUCUUCACUCCAUUGUUGCAAGGCUUGUACUUGUCGGUACAACAGGCCAGUUUGGUCAGAAACACGCAUCGAAGACCGAUCGAGGCGUUAGAAGAGUUAAUAGAAAUUCGUUGCGGACCAAGCGGUAAUGUACGCCCCUUGUGCCGUUUAAUCAUUCGUCAACAACAAUUUUUUCCCGGCAUCUACACAGACGCGAUAGGCAGGGAGGUUAUAACAACGUCUCUCCUUGGACCUUUUCUCUCCAUCUCCGUAUUCGCUGAGGAUCAACCAAAUGUGGCUGAGAAGUUUUUUAGCGGCAAUCCGUUCUAUGAUAAAUCGAUGAAUUUAACAUUACAACAAGAACUGGAAAGUACCAGAACGUCGCUGCAUAAGAUAUUUCACGCGCUACUCGCAAAUAGUAACUGCCGUAAAUCUGUAUUAACCUACAUAGCGACGUUGGUAUGUUUUAACGAGAAACGUGCUCAACUACAAACGGAGGAGUCCUCUUUGGCCGGGGACGGAUUCAUGUUGAAUCUGUUGUCAGUGUUGCAAAUGCUCUCAGUGAAAAUCAAACUGGAUACAGUAGAUCCUUUAUAUCCGUUUCAUCCUUCUGGUUAUGUGCGGAUUACAGACGACACAAAGCUGAAACUUACGUACCAAGAGGAAAGGGAUUGGUUAAGACAUUUAGAAAGGACGCACGUGUGGGUCGAGCCAAAGUUUCCGACACAUUGUUGGUUCCUUACAUUACAUUGUCACCAUUUAGCGUUGUUACCGGCUUUACAGAAAUACCAGAGAAAGCUGAGGACUUUACGCGACGUGCAGAAAAUGCUCGACGAUCUACAAGACACCGAGCCGCAAUGGAAAGACAGUCCUUUCGCUGGUCGUAACAAAGAAUUGAUAAAACGUUGCACGGAACAAUUGAAACAACUCGGUAAAUCAAAAUCAUGCGCGGACGCUGGAUUAAUCGACCCUGUCUUGUUAAGAAGGUGUUUGCACUUUUACAUUUCUGUGGCGGAGGUAUUGCUCAGUCUAUUGACGCAAACCCCGUUAGGGAAUCCCCUUCCCGACCUUCCUUUGCCUCAAGAGGUGCCGCAAAAAUUCAGGGCACUACCAGAAUGGUAUGUCGAAGAUAUUGCAGAAUUUUUGUUAUUUACCCUUCAAUUCUGUCCUGACGUGAUAGUGAACAAUAUGGAUAAUUCCCUCAUCACGUGGUUACUUGUCGUAGUAUGUACACCGCAUUGUAUACGAAAUCCAUAUUUAAUAGCAAAAAUUAUCGAAGUGCUAUUCGUGAUAAAUUCCAGUGUUCAGGGACGAACGGAAUCGCUCCAUGAUCAAGUAAUGGCGCAUCCAAUAUCGAAAACAUUGUUGGCAUCGUAUUUAAUGAAGUUCUACACGGACGUCGAGACGACCGGCUCUAGUUCAGAAUUCUACGAUAAAUUCUCAAUUCGUUAUCAUAUUAGUUUAAUACUAAAAUCCAUGUGGGAUAGUCCAGUGCACCGGGAGUCGAUCAUCAAUGAGAGCAAUAAUGGGAAGCAAUUUGUGAAAUUUAUAAACAUGUUAAUGAACGACACCACGUUCUUACUCGACGAAAGUUUAGAAUCGUUGAAGCGUAUCCAUGAAAUCCAGGAGUUAGCGUCCGAUCUUAAAGCGGUGGCGGCACUAUCCCGUGAACAACAGCACUCGCGAAUGAGGCAAUUGGCGGCAGAUGAAAGACAGGCCAGGUCGUAUCUCACUUUAGCUAAGGAGACUGUAGCCAUGUUUCAUUAUUUAACAGUAGACAUCACGGAACCGUUCUUACGGCCAGAAUUAGUCGAACGAUUAUGUGCCAUGUUAAAUUUUAACCUCAAACAGUUAUGCGGUCCUAAAUGUAAAAACCUGAAAGUACGAGCACCUCAAAAGUACGGAUGGGAUCCGAGAGCUUUACUUAGUCAAUUGGUCGAUAUAUAUCUACAUCUCGAUUGCGAUAAUUUCGCCGCUGCUUUAGCUGCCGACGAACGUUCUUUCUGCAAGGAAUUAUUCAAUGACGCUGCUAAUAGGUUAGAAAGAUCAGUAAUUAAAUCGACAGCAGAGAUCGAGAGAUUUAUAGCGCUCGCAGAACGUGCUGCAAUCAUUGCCAGGGAUAAUCGUGCACGCGAUGAGGAAUAUGGUGACGCGCCAGAGGAAUUUAAAGACCCGCUUAUGGACACUCUUAUGGAAGAACCGGUUAAACUUCCAUCGGGUAUUGUUAUGGAUAAACCAGUUAUUAUUAGACACCUUCUCAAUAGCGCUACGGAUCCUUUCAGUCGGCAACCGCUCAGUGAAGAUAUGCUUACACCAAUGGUCGAUUUGAAAGAAAGGAUAUCGAUAUGGAAACAACAAAAGAAAAAAUCGACGAAUAUAUAAAUUGUGAUUCUAAUGCAUGAACCAUUUUCACAGGAAACAUCACGAUAUUGCGUAGCUGAUGUCGUUACUACACCGAUACAUUGUACCGGCCCAUAGAUGUAUCACUCUGUGUGGUAAAUGAAUAAUAGUGCAAUGAUCUCGCUAAUGUGCAAAUAUUGCACUCAAUAAAUUUACGGUUUUUAUACAUUAAAACGUUAAACAGAGACUGCAGCUAGGUAACUGCCAACAUUACUCGAAGAAAAAAAAAAGAAAAUACUUUUAAAGAACUUGUAAAUAAUUACUGGCUGAUUCCAGUCAGUACCCACAGAAAUUAAACUCUUAUUUACAAACUUAGCACUUGUUCCUUUGUAUGUUAUAAAUACACGAGACUGCGAGUGAAAAGUUGAAGAAAAAAAAGAAAACAAAAAAUGAUUAAUCUUAAGAAUAGUAAGUUCAGUGAUAUAGAAUUGGAAACAUUAACACUCAUCCUCAACCUUCCAUUUGGAACCUGAUAAUUUACAAACGGAUAGGGCAAACAAAAAGCGAAACAUUAUUUGAUGGAAAAUUUAUGUGAAAGAUUUGUAUGAAA